CGACGAUGACUAAUUCGUGGACGUCGAUUACGAUGACGCGUGUCGCGUGCAUCGACGAAUUACUACUCGACUCUACCCUCGUUAGUACUAAUGAGCUCGUGUAUAUAAAGCUCGAUGAAUCGAAGUCGACUUGGACAUUCGGUCGAGAUAGUCAGGAUGAAGGCACUUGUAUCGUACGUUGCCGUGUUCGGCUUGUUGUUGCUGCUGCUGCUGACGACGACUAGCAGCGGCGCCGAGGAGACCAAGUACACGACCAAGUACGACGACCUGGACAUCGACUCGAUCAUUAAGAACGAGCGUCUGCUCAACAGCUACGUCGGCUGUCUGCUGGAUCGCAAGCCCUGCACGCCCGACGCCACCGAGCUCAAAGUGAAUCUACCGGACGCGCUGGCGAACGAGUGCAGCCGGUGCAGCGUGCGCCAGCGGCAGAUCUCGGACAAGCUGUCGCACCAUCUGAUCGACCAUCGGCCCGAGGAUUGGCAGCAGCUCGAGGCCAAGUACGACCCGACCGGGACCUACCGUCGAGUCUACCUGAGCGAUCAGCAGCAACGACUCAAAGCUCCAACCUCCGCCACGACCGAUGCCUAAUGUCAGUCCCGCUGCCGCCGCCGGUGGCGCCUGACGAAUCGCAACGACGCGACGAGACACACACACAUCGACGAUCGGAGUUGAUAUAUCCCGAUGGGAGAGACGCGGAGCUGCAGUUAAAGUAGAUUCCUCCGUACACGUUGUUGUUUUAUACCCUUUUCGAAGCUACAUAAGAUAGUAUUUAUAUAGUAUUGUAUUAAAGCCGUGCGCCGUAUGUACUGCACACACGAUGUUAUUGGUAUUUAUAUACGCAGUAUAAGUUUAAAGCUGGAUGCGCGCGGGGAUCAAUUAAACUGCUGCAUGUUACUUACUACAUUACAUAUACUUGUAUCGAAGCUUGUCGUUUGUUGUCGUUGCCGUUGUUGUAUAAUGUAAAGCUGGGAGAAAUAAAUACGCUCGUUGCAUACGA